AUAUUUUCAACUCAUAAUUAAGAGUUUCAAUGACAAAACCACAAGGGUAAUUUCACUAUAUAUAUAGCCAGUGACCACUUCAUUAUUCAGAGCCUUUCUCCAUAAUUAAGAAAUAGUGUCCUUUGUGUCCUUUUUUCUAUUGUCCUCACAAACAUGGGUCGCCAUUUUUGUUCUUUAAAGCAAAAACUAAGAAAAGGUUUAUGGUCCCCUGAAGAAGAUGAGAAGCUUUUCAAUUACAUAACCAUGUUUGGUGUCGGAUGUUGGAGUUCAGUUCCUAAACUAGCUGGGUUGCAAAGAUGUGGAAAGAGUUGUAGAUUGAGAUGGAUCAACUAUCUGAGACCUGAUUUGAAGAGAGGAAUGUUCUCAAAACAAGAGGAAGAUCUUAUUAUCAAUCUUCAUGAAGCACUUGGAAAUAGGUGGGCUCAAAUUGCAGCACAAUUACCAGGUAGAACGGAUAAUGAGAUUAAAAACUUUUGGAAUUCAAGUUUGAAGAAGAAACUAAUGAAACAAGGGAUUGAUCCAGCUACACAUAAACCCUUCAUCAAUAAUAUUGAAUCUCUUAUAAAGGAAGAGAAGGAAAAACCAUCAAUGAUAAUGCCACUGUCUCACUCUCAACCUCAAAGAAUUCUAGCUACACACACAAUGCUAGAAUCCUCACAUGACUACUCAGAAUCCCUUCUAAUGAGUGAUUUGAUUAAUCACUAUAAUAUUGGUGGAUUAGCUUUAACAGAAGCUUCAAGAAUAUUUCUUAUGAAUAAUCCAACAUUGGAUUUUGAUCCAUUAUACUACAAUUCAAGUUUGAUAAAUUAUUAUCAGCCAAGUCUAUUACAAUUUGAACAGAAUCAGUUUGGAAACAAUUCAAGCUAUUUCUUCUCUUCAAUGCCUUGUCUAAAUAGUUCAGAAUUUUCAGACAACAUCAACAACUCAGUUUCAAAAUUUAGUUCUCCUUUGGUGAAUGAAAGUUCAAGCAAUAGUACUUCAACCAUGAGUGAUUAUUAUCAAAUUAGCAACAUGAUUAAUGAAAAUGCAGGUGGAUUAAUCUCAUGGGAAGGUGAAGAAUUCAUCAACAAGACAAGUUCAUGGCAAGAAGGACAGUUGCUGAGUCAUAAUAAUUCAAUAGAUUUCAGUACAUAUCCUUUAACGUCACUGUCAGAAGAUCUAAGUAAUAUUGAAGCUAAUUUUGAUGUAUUUCACCAUUUAUGAACUGUUUUUUUGUUCAACUUUUUCCCUUGUUGGUGAAACAAAGUAGGAAAAAUAUAUAGUAAGAUGUUGAUAGCAUAGGAAAUUUCUAGCAAAAGAUUAGAGAAUAUUAUGAUGAUUCCCCUCUUUCCCUCACCAUAUGAUUAUUUUCUCCUAUAUUGAUGUGUUUUGUUUUC